AUAAGCAUCAUCACUUAUCUUCAUUUGUUACAUCAAGCGAGUAAAACCUCCUGAUUAGAUUGCGUGAAAACAUAGAACUAUGGCUUCUCAGACCAAAGUGGUGAUGCUUCUUAUUCUCGCCACAGCAGGAGCAGCUUUGGGACUUACAUUACUCUUUUCUUUCUUCUGGUUUCUAGAGGCUGAUCCUGACAUUGUGAAAGAUCAGGCAGUAAUGUGUAAAUUUUCUGACAAAUGCCCCGUUGGAUGGUCCUACUAUUUCGGUCGCUGCUACUUGUACAACGGCGCCAAACUGAGUUGGGCUUCUGCAGAGACAUUCUGUCAGAAAUUUGAUGCACACUUGGUCUCAAUACACAGUGAGAAUGAAUAUCAGCAGAUAAAGGCUCUUAUCCGUACUUAUGACCCCAUGGAGAAUGCAGCAUACAUCGGCCUCAGUGACUGUCAGAAGGCUUAUCAAUUCUUUUGGUCUGAUGGCACCAAAUUGGGUUUCACCAAGUGGAAUCCAGGACAACCAGAUAAUGAAAACAACAACGAGCGCUGUGUGCAUAUAAAUGCUAGUACCGAAAAAAACUGGAAUGAUAUUCCUUGUGACUACACUUAUGCCUCUGUGUGUGCCAAGGAAAGUAACUGAAAUGCUUCCUACUGCAUCUCACCAAAUAUAAUACAAUACUUUUCCUCGUCACUGAUGAAUUUAUAAAAUGAUUCUGUGUCGGACUUCUAUAACUUCAGCAAUAAAAAAAAA